AUGGAUGAGAAAAUUGCCAAACAAAUUGGAGCAACAGGGCGGUUGGACCCCUUUAAGAUCACCGCCAUCGGGAACAAUACCCUCGAUUCGCCGAACUCCCGAAGAGUCAAAGUUUCGCUCAAGAGUCUCCAUAGGAAAAGGGUACAAUUCAGAGCACGCACGGUCGCCAGCCUAAACUUGGGGCCACAGACUGUGUGUGCAGCAGAUAUAGAAAAUUGUAGACAUUUAAAAGACCUGAAGGAGCAACUAAUAUAUGACUCCGGCAACCCAAAGAUCUUAAUAGGACAAGAUAAUUGGAGACUCCUGAUAGCUACUCAAAUUCGCAGAGGUCCGCCGCAUCAACCAAUCGCCUCGCUCACAGAAUUAGGAUGGGUGCUACACGGGGCACACACUAAAGCCCCGUAUCAGCGCGUCCACGCGGCCAAUGAGCUGCACACGAGCGAGGAGUCCAUAAAUGAUCAAGUCCGCGAAUAUUUCGCGCUGGAAUCUCUCGUAAUCAAUCCGAGAAGACCAGACUCCGAUCCAGAGAAGAAAGCUGAAGACAUACUAAAUAACAGCACCCGUCAGUUGGAAGACGGGCACAUAGAGACAGCGCUUCUCUGGAAAAAGAAAGAUGCCGAAAUGCCUGGCAAUUAUGAAACAGCUAUAAAAAGGCUCGUUUCAAUCGAGAAGAAAUUAGAUCGAGACGAAAAUCUAAAACAGAAAUAUAAUGAACACAUGAACUCCCUAGUACAAAAGGGAUACGCCGAGAUAGCACCGAGAACUAAUACACCAGGAAGGACAUGGUACCUACCCCAUUUUGACGUUCACAACCCGAUGAAGCCAGAAAAGUUCCGAAUAGUGCAUGAUGACGCAGCCAAAACAAAGGGGGUGGCAUUGAACGACUUCCUGCUCACGGGUCCAGACCUACUGCAGUCGCUACCAGGGGUCAUGAUGCGUUUUCGCCGCCAUAAUGUCGCUGUCUCGGCGGAUAUAGCCGAAAUGUUUAUGCAGGUCAAAGUUAGACCCGAAGACAGAGAUGCCUUAAGAUAUCUCUGGAGAGGGAAUCGACGUGAUGAGGCACCGCAAGAAUACAGAAUGACGUCGAUUAUUUUCGGUGCGGCUAGUUCACCCUGCACAGCCAUAUUCGCAAAGAACUGGAAUGCUAAAAAAUAUGUUGAAAUAUACCCAGAAGCCGUAGAAGCUAUCAUCCAAAAUCAUUAUAUGGAUGACUAUCUCGACAGUUUCCAGUCAGUAGAAGAUGCAAUGAGAAUAUCAAAGGAAGUACGUGAUAUACACAAAAACGCGCACUUCACCUUAAGAAAAUGGGUUUCCAACGCGCCAGAAAUUGUAAGAGAAUUAGAACUUGACCACGAGGCGACUGACUCAGUCGACCUAAGCAACAAGGGAACCGAAGAGCAAAUACUCGGACUAAUCUGUAAACCGAGUACCGAUCAGCUGAGCUUCAAUCUAAAGCUCGCUCGACUUCCGAUCGAUGUGCUCCAUAAAAUACCAACCAAAAGGGAAGCACUCAAAAUAGUGAUGUCGCUGUAUGACCCGCUCGGCCUCGCCUCCCCAGUUACAAUUCGAGCAAAGCAAAUACUGCAGGAAGCAUGGAGACGAGGAACAGACUGGGACCAGGAGUUGGACGAAGACCUGACUGAACAGUGGUCCGCGUGGAUCCAACACCUGGAACGACUUAAAUCAGUAAGCAUCCCAAGAUGCUACCCGGGAUUCAGCGACGCACGUUCACUACAAGUCCACGUGUUUACCGAUGCCAGUGAGAGCGCCUACGCAACGGCAGUCUACUGGAGGGCAAUGACACCUGAUGGGAAGGUACACGUGAGCCUCGUCAUGGCCAAGGCGAAGGUAGCCCCACUCAGAGUAACAUCCAUACCUCGCCUUGAGUUACAAGCCGCCGUGAUGGGAAAUCGCGUAGCUGCCGCCGUAAUCCAGGAGCAUCGCGUAAAGCCCGAAGCUGUCACAUAUUGGACUGACAGCAAGACUGUCCUUACAUGGAUACAGAAGGGGUCUAGAACCUAUAAACCUUUUUUUGCGCACAGAAUAGCAGCAAUCGAGGACAAUUGUAAAGUAGAUGACUGGCGCUGGGUACCUACCAAAUUGAACAUAGCUGACACCGCUACGAGGGACGUACCACCUAACUUCGACUCGAACCACGAGUGGUACAACGGCCCAUCGUUUCUUUACAAAGAACCGUCAGCAUGGCCGACCGAAAGACCCACGUCAUCCGAACCCACCGGUGAGGAAAAAUGCCUCACCAUUACAGAAUCAAAUAGAGCUCUGGUAAUAAGAGAAGCCAUCCCAAAUCCAGCAAAGUUUUCGAAAUGGGAACGCUUAUUGCGAGCGACGGCCAGAGUGCUUCAGUUUAUUACACUCUGCCGUAAAACAACAGACAGGACCUUCUACAAAAGGACUAGAAGGAAUGAAGAAAAAGAACCCGACUGGAGGAGAUCGAAAAAUAAUCCGCAACACCGCACACAGUCCUCCAGUCUAACAAAAACCGCAGAUAUCAAAAGGCACAUCACACUCGAGGCCGAAUUCAUCAGAGAGGCCGAAAGGCUCCUAAUACGUGUCAUACAAGGGGACUCCUUCAGACAAGAAAUAGCCGAUCUCCGUAACGAUAAAAGGGUCGCCCAUGAUAGCCGCCUAAGACCGCUCCAGAUAGAAUUAAAAGACGGGAUCAUCGCGCUGCGAAGUCGCAUAGCCGCCGCGAAGGGAGUCUCAAAAGAUAUGAAAGGUCCGGCUAUAUUGGAUGGUGAUUAUUACAUCACCCAAUUGUACAUAGACUGGACGCAUCGUAGCCUACAUCAUUGCGGAACCGAACCUACAAUUAACGAGGUUCGACAACAUUACUGGGUUAUAAGACUUAGACCCACAACGAAACGAAUAGUGAGCAAAUGCAACCAUCUGUGCCAGCCACCGGUGAUCACCCCAGCACACGUCUCGCUCAUCACCAGAGACCGUUUACUUUCAUCGGUCUGGACUAUUUUGGGCCACUCUCCGUCACAGUAG